AUGUCUUACCUCUUCGCAACUCUUACUUCAACUCCUAUCAACACUGGCGUUGCCAGGAUUAGUGACAUCAUGUACCACGUGCUCAUCUACGCUACCAUCGUGGAAAUGCAAGCCAUGAUGACGUUUGAGCACGAUGACAUCAUUAACGCAGGCAGCACCAUGAAGGGGACCCAGGCAGUGUGUCAGAGGUAUGGAACAGCUGUCACCAACCCACCCCCACCCCCCCACCCCGUCUGUGUGAACAAACCUCACCCAGCUCUCAGACCCCACCCCCUGCAGCCUCACCCAGCUCUCAGACCCCACCCCCUGCAGCCUCACCCAGCUCUGACUCCACCCCCUGCAGCCUCACCCAGCUCUGACUCCACCCCCUGCAGCCUCACCCAGCUCUCAGACCCCACCCCCUGCAGCCUCACCCAGCUCUCAGACUCCACCCCCAGGUGUAUCAGACACCCCAGUCCUCACCCAGCUCUCAGACCCCACCCCCUGCAGCCUCACAUAGCUCUGACUCCACCCCCUGCAGCCUCACCCAGCUCUGACACCACCCCUGCAGCCUCACCUAGCUCUCUGACUCCACCCCCUGCAGCCUCACCCAACUCUGACUCCACCCCCUGCAGCCUCACUCAGCUCUCUGACUCCACCCCCUGCAGCCUCACCCAGCUCUCAGACCCCACCCCCUGCAGCCUCACCCAGCUCUGA